AUGAUUCCAGAAGAACUCGUGAAGAGCACUGAUGUGUUCCUACUAUGCUUCAGUGUUGAUAAACAAGCAUCAUAUGACAAUAUUGCCACCAAGUGGCAUCCUGAAAUUAGACACCAUUGCCCUCAGGCUCCUUAUGUCUUAGUUGGAACCAAGAUAGACUUACGAAACAGCAAAGACCUUCCAGAAGAUGUACAACUAGUGUCCAAAAAUAUGGGUCGUAAGAUGGCUACAAAGAUCAAAGCAGAGAAAUAUGUUGAGUGUUCAGCAAAAACCAUGGAAGGAAUAAAUGAGGUGUACGAAGAAGCGGUGCGAGCAGUCUUGAAUCCGAAAUCUACUCUAGGAAUUCGUGUUCCCAGAAACUGUCGUCUUUUGUAGCUUUGUUGAGUAAUGAAUUUUAAAAUGUUUGAAUGCAUUAUCUGUGAAGUUUCCUGAGGCUCAUCAAAUUAUUCAAAAAAAUCAUCAACAAUUUUAAUAUUUUUUGAAACGUGAUUGUAUUAUCUGUAAGCAAUAUUGUGUUUCUGAUCAGCAGCAGUAGAAAAUAUAUAAACUGUGUAAUAAGAGAACUGAUAGUUGUGUACCAUUAAAAAUGUAAAUUUCUUUUUCUUCAAAUUAUUGGACUAAA